CGGGAAGUGGAACUCUGAGCUGCUGUGUUUGGCUCAUCAUCGUCAUGCACCGCCUCGCGCUCGCGCAGCUUUCCUCCAGCACCUAGCAGAUGUGCGCGAGGCGAGCUCUUCCCAGCGCGAGGCGAUGUGUAAGGGCGGUUAUUUUUCUCCAGUUUUACAUGGUGAAUGAAGCAGUUAGGAGCAUGUCAGGAGAUGAAACCUGUGAGGAAACUGAUUGGAUGCAUGAUACACAUGGCAUUGAUUCAUCUCAUUUAUUGUCCGUGAAAGUCGAAUAUUAUAGGUCAUUUGAGUUUAGUCUGAGGUGGACACCCAUGUCUUUCCGACGGUCCUCCAGACUUAAGUCAAUCCUGAAAACUCCUGUGUUAGACGAAGACGUUGAACAGCCUCGACGUAGAAGCCUGCGAGGAAGGUCACGGUUGAAAGAAACUGAUGCAAUUAAGAGCAACAACUGUGACAUCAUCGACCUCAUCAACAGGAAUCGUGAUUUGGACCAUACUGCCAAGCUAGGAGAGGCUGUUGGCGUACUCGAUUUUGGACUGGAUCAGUCAAAUGAUGAAGAUGGCUCUGAAAGCUGCAGCAUAGUGUCUGGUCCCUCCACUCUAUGUCAGGACAAUAAAGAGGAGCUUUGCCACAAUCUUUGCUCAGCGUGCCAGGAGCUCUACAAGAAAGCAAAAAGUUUGAAAACACCAAUCUUAAGCAAACUUCUAGAUAAUGAUCCCCAGUCUCUGACCUGUGACCAGUGGGUGCUGAUGAAAAAAUGGAAGCCCAAAAGACUACCUGAUGCCAGACAGAAGUUUUUGAGCCAUCUUCGGCUGGAUAGUGGAGUCUCUAUGUGGCGAGAGGACCAAUCAUCACCCUGUUUGAGGGCGCAUACAUUCCUCCAGAGGAACCUCAGACGGGCCAAACGUCUGGCAGAAAUGAACAAAAAGAAAAGGAGGAGGGGUAAGUCCCAGAAUUUCCGUGUGGCUAAGCAGCAGCGUCUCCAAAACAACCAUCACCGUCAACAUACAAAUACAAAAGGUUCGGUCAACAGCCCCAGCUGUUUUAGCAGCUGCAGCAACCUCCAAGAUGGUAGCAGUCCAGAAGUGGAGAGUCGGGCUGCAAAAGAUGUGACUGUUCAACUCAUUCCUUCACCUGUAGCCCCGAAAUUCGCCACAUCAGCAGAGGUCCGAGCCCAGGAGAGGGCACCAAAGAAGAUGUCUGAGUUCAGAGAUCUGCUCGCUCAGCUGCGGGGAACCAGCAGCAUGAUCACCAGAGAAGCACACUACCAAAAGCACUGAGGUGUUCAUCUUUAUCUGACCAGAGAGCUCCUGAUUAAUCAAGCUUUAUUAUUGAGGUUUUCUUGGUGUUUGCUACUGUUUACCCAGACUGCAGUUCUGUUGGGUUUGUAUUCUUUAAAGUAUUGUUGCCGUUUCAUGCACUUUUCAUGUCGGUCUUCUUGUUUUUUUGUUUUUGCUAAAUAUUUAUUGGAUUGGAAUUUCCAUGCAACUUAACUGUGAAUAAAUUCAUUUAAACAUGGA